ACUAUAAACAGCUGCGAAAACACAGCAGCCUUCAGAGAGCACAGUCAUUCUGAUUGAUCAGCAGACGUGACUGGGAGCUUAGACAUAGACAGCAAGGCAUUCACAUACGUGUGUGUGGAAGGCAGACAAGCAUUUCAUCACAAAGAUUUGGAGUUUACUGGCCGAUCAGAGAAGGAUCUGACUCACUACUUGUGCAAAAUAUCUUUUUUGGGCAAACAUUUCUAUACAGAAACUAAAGAAGCCACAAGAGCCAUUUCAAGUCAGCAAGAAGUCAAAAAACAUGGGGACCUGCCCCAUCAGAUGUCAAUCCAACAUGACAAUCCUAGAAAAUCCACCUGUGACACCAGCUCUUCCGGACAGCAUGAUUAUAUCCCUCUGUAACUAUCCUUCCUUUGGACGCACAGAAUUGAGCAUGUACAUUGGGGAACUACUCACCAUCAUAUCCGACGACGGUGAUUUUAUGAUGGUGAGAUCCACAACCACAGGCCGGGAGAGCUACGUUCCCACCAACUACACCGCCAAGGUGACACACAGGUGGCUGUUCACAGGCAUCAGCAGGUACAAAGCAGAAGAGCUGCUCAUGCAGCCUAAUAACGAGAGCGGAGCCUUCUUGAUCCGAGAGUCAGAGACAAACAGAGAUUGUUACUCGCUGUCCAUCCUGAGGAGGACCAACUCUUCGUACCAGCACUGUGUAAAGCACUACCGCAUCUCUCCCCUACAAAAUGGCUGGGUCUAUAUAUCUCCAGGACUCACCUUCCCCUCCCUGCAUCACCUGGUUGAACACUACUCAGAGUCUGUAGAUGGUCUGUGCUGUCGGCUGACGGGGCCUUGCUUCGUCCAGGGUUACGACAACGCCAGGGAAGCCAGGCCUGUGCCCACAACUGUCAGGAGGCCUACUAUCAACUGGAAGGACAUUAGCAGGUCAGUGAUCUUCAGGAGGAAGAGAACAGAGUCAGACAACUCUCUGGUGAGCGAGGGGCUGAGGGAGGCCAUUUCCUCCUACCUCCAAAUGACAGAGGGAAACGAUCAUAGCUGGGACACUUGAGGGAAGACAGUGGAUCAGUGUGAGAGAAUGAAGUCAGACAGAUGGAGCGCAGUCAGAAGCUGGCCUGUCUCAUCUGCAGUCUCCUUAGGAAGAGGCCGUCAGCAGCACGCCCAAAUGUAGUCUUCGUAUACUGCCCUAGAGUAGCAGGAGGGCCGAGACACUACAAUGCUUGGAGUUGUGACGUACUGUAUGUCAGCAAGAAGACUCUUUUAGGCCCACACAGGCACACAGUGGAGGUCACUGAAACAUAUGUUAUCAUCUGGUUGAAUGUUUCUCUUAAUUUAUAACCUAAUAUGUAUAUGAUGGUUGAAUGCAAUAUGUGAAUUAUAUUGUAAUAUGAUUAUUCUAAUGGUUAUGUUAUUGGAAUCCAAUAAAAUAAAAUAUGUAUGUGAUAAAUUAAAUGAACACAUAUAAAUAUAACCUAAACACAUAAG